AAAAGACUCCGCCCGAGAGGGCAGCCGCCAUUCUGGUGUUCGUUUAGAGGUUGAAUUUUCUCGGAGAAAGACCACGAGGUUGGCCACGAGGAAAACAGAAACAAGCCGCAGCAACAUCUAAGCCCUUCAAAGGAUCCUGAGAGAGGGGGGAAAGGGAAAACAGCCGCCACCAGCCCAACCACUGUGUCUUCUGCCCCUUCCCUCCUCCUAUCUUGCCCACCCCACCAGCCCACGCUGCUUGGGACUUGAAAUCUGUGGCCGAAGGACCGUCACCACAUAACUUCAAAAAUAAUCAACCACCCUCCCUUCCUAAACCCACUCAAUUUCACUCAUCCAGCGUUUCCUUUUUUUUUAAUCCACUCAGCAUUUUUUUCUACGACCCCCCUCCCUAAAUGCGGAGUUGGGUGGGGGGGAAAAUGAAUACUGAGUUGGUCUUUACUUUUUAAGAGACUUUUUGAUCCAAUGAGACCCCCCAAAUAAUUGAGUUUUGGGUCCUGGUUGGUUGUUUUAUUUUUUUUCCUCCAAAAUUUUACCCCCUCCCCCCCUGAGCCCGAGGUGCUGACGUCGCAAAAAAAUUGGAUAAAACCAUAAUCAUGGGUUCGGGUCCCAUAGACCCUAAAGAACUUCUCAAGGGCUUGGAUAGCUUCCUUAACCGAGAUGGGGAAGUGAAGAGUGUGGAUGGGAUUGCUAAGAUCUUCAGUCUGAUGAAGGAAGCACGAAAGAUGGUGAGUCGGUGUACAUACUUGAACAUUCUCCUGCAGACCCAGUCAUCAGAAAUACUGGUCAAAUUUAUUGAUGUUGGUGGCUAUAAGCUUUUGAACAAUUGGCUGACAUAUUCAAAGACAACCAACAACAUUCCUCUCCUUCAGCAAAUUCUACUGACCCUGCAACACCUACCCCUCACUGUGGACCAUCUCAAGCAGAACAACACAGCCAAACUGGUAAAGCAGCUGAGCAAGUCAAGUGAGGAUGAAGAGCUCCGGAAAUUGGCCUCAGUCCUUGUCAGUGAUUGGAUGGCUGUCAUCCGCUCCCAGAGUAGCACCCAGCCUGCUGAGAAAGAUAAGAAGAAACGGAAAGAAGAGAGUAAGGGUCGAACCACUCCUCCUGAGCGACCUUUAAUUGAGGUGAAAACUGAGACCCGGGCUGAGGAAGCUCCAGAGAAAAAGAAAGAGAAGCCCAAGUCUCUUCGAACCACAGCACCCAGUCAUGCCAAAUUCCGUUCCACUGGACUAGAGCUGGAGACACCAUCUUUGGUGCCUGUUAAGAAGAAUGCCACUCCAGUCAUGGUGUCUGACAAAUACAAUCUUAAGCCCAUCCCCCUCAAGCGCCAAAGCACCGUGGCUGCUCCAGGAGACACUGCUCCCCCUGCAGAGAAGAAAUAUAAGCCCCUCAACACAACACCCAAUGCCACCAAAGAGAUCAAAGUGAAGAUCAUCCCACCUCAGCCUAUGGAAGGUCUGGGCUUUCUGGAUGCUCUCAAUUCAGCCCCUGUCCCAGGCAUCAAAAUUAAGAAGAAGAAGAAAGUUCUGUCACCUACUGCUGCCAAGCCCAGCCCUUUUGAAGGGAAAACAAGCACUGAACCAAGCGCAGCCAAACCUUCUUCCCCAGAGCCAGCACCACCUUCUGAGUCAAUGGACACAGACCGCCCUGGCACUCCAGUGCCGCCUGUGGAAGUCCCGGAGCUCAUGGAUACAGCCUCUUCAGAGACUGGAGCUCUGGAUGCAAAGCCAGUGGAGAGCCCUGGGGAUCCUAGCCAGCUGACCCGAAAGGGCAGGAAGAGGAAAACUGUGACAUGGCCUGAGGAAGGCAAGCUGAGAGAGUAUUUCUACUUUGAACUGGAUGAAACUGAACGAGUUAAUGUGAACAAGAUCAAGGACUUUGGUGAGGCAGCUAAACGAGAGAUACUGUCAGACCGCCAUGCAUUUGAGACAGCCCGGCGUCUGAGCCAUGACAACAUGGAGGAGAAGGUGCCCUGGGUGUGCCCUCGGCCUUUGGUUCUCCCCUCACCUCUAGUCACUCCUGGUAGCAACAGCCAGGAGCGAUACAUCCAGGCUGAGCGGGAGAAGGGAAUCCUUCAGGAGCUCUUCCUGAACAAGGAGAGUCCUCAUGAGCCUGAUCCUGAACCCUAUGAGCCCAUCCCCCCUAAACUCAUCCCCCUAGAUGAGGAGUGUUCUAUGGAUGAGACUCCAUAUGUUGAGACCCUGGAGCCCGGCGGGUCGGGUGGCUCACCUGAUGGGGCAGGGGGUUCGAAGCUGCCUCCAGUUCUGGCCAAUCUUAUGGGAAGCAUGGGUGCUGGGAAGAGUCCCCAGGGCCCUGGAGGAGGAGGCAUCAAUGUCCAGGAAAUCCUCACCUCCAUCAUGGGCAGCCCAAACAGCCACCCUUCGGAGGAACUGCUGAAACAACCAGACUAUUCAGACAAGAUCAAGCAGAUGCUGGUGCCACAUGGACUCCUGGGUCCCGGUCCAAUUGCCAAUGGCUUUCCACCAGGAGGCCCUGGGGGCCCCAAAGGCAUGCAACACUUCCCCCCUGGGCCUGGAGGACCUAUGCCAGGUCCCCAUGGAGGCCCUGGUGGACCAGUGGGUCCCCGUCUCCUGGGUCCCCCACCCCCUCCCCGUGGGGGUGAUCCCUUCUGGGAUGGCCCAGGUGAUCCCAUGCGGGGUGGUCCAAUGCGAGGGGGUCCAGGACCUGGUCCUGGACCAUACCAUAGAGGCCGAGGUGGCCGAGGAGGGAACGAGCCACCUCCCCCUCCUCCGUUCCGAGGAGCCAGAGGAGGUCGCUCUGGAGGAGGACCCCCAAACGGACGAGGAGGCCCUGGUGGAGGCAUGGUUGGAGGUGGUGGGCAUCGCCCCCAUGAAGGCCCCGGUGGUGGCAUGAGCGGUGGCAGUGGACAUCGUCCCCAUGAAGGCCCUGGUGGUGGCAUGGGUGGUAGCAGUGGACAUCGUUCUCACGAAGGCCCCGGAGGAGGAAUGGGCAGUGGACAUCGCCCCCAUGAAGGCCCUGGCGGGGGAAUGGGCAGUGGACAUCGUUCUCACGAAGGCCCUGGUGGGAGCAUGGGUGGCAGUGGACAUCGCCCCCAUGAAGGCCCUGGACACGGGGGACCCCAUGGCCAUAGGCCACAUGAUGGCCCUGGUCACCGAGGCCAUGAUCAUCGAGGGCCCCCUCAUGAGCACCGUGGCCAUGAUGGCCCUGGCCACGGGGGAGGGGGCCACCGAGGGCAUGAUGGAGGCCACAGUCAUGGAGGAGACAUGUCAAACCGCCCUGUCUGCCGACAUUUCAUGAUGAAGGGCAACUGCCGCUAUGAGAACAACUGUGCCUUCUACCAUCCGGGUGUCAACGGGCCCCCCUUGCCCUAGGGACCGCCUCCCCGCCCCCACCCACACCCUUGUGUGGACUACAGCCUUGCUCCUACCACUUGUUAUGGCUUCUGUGAGGCCCAUUUCCCCUUUCCCCCAGCUGAUGAGGAGCCGGCCCCCAGUUCCCACCUGUUUGGGUUCCGUGGGGGGUUUUGAUCACUGGUGCGCAUCGAUGUGUACAUAUUUUCCUCCAGUCUGAGGAGGAGAGAGACUGGACACAUUCUGUACCCUGGACUGCUGAAGAGGAGACCCAGUUGGCUUCACUUUAUGAGGAGAUUUACCCUGUGUCCCCAACCUCUUUCCAGUAUUAGCCCUAAUGCCUGAGAACCUAAAGCUGGUUAUACUGGAGAACCUCUGCUCUCCUGUUGUGGUCCUCCACAUGCACACACAAUUCAGACAUGGGGUCAGCUGCACUUAAGGAACCAUCCAGCCAAGUUCAUUAUUUCUCAUGGGGUAGGGAGAUGGUAAGGGGUAUUGUACAUCCCACUGCACUGAGAGGGCUCAAGCGGGCUGGAAUUGAGUUCUGGAACACACAUCAUCCCCACUCCUGUUAUGACAACAGGCUUUUUUGAGUCCUUUUUCAAGUACAAGACUGCAACCUGUCAACACCCAAAUCUGCAUUAUGGAUCUGCUAGGUUCAAUGAUGGCAAAUUCAUGUCUGUGUCCAGUGAAGGUUUUAAAAUGCUGGCGGAAAGCCAGCGGUGUUGGUCUACCCUUGCUUACAACCAUUCUAGAGACUUCCUAAAACACUCGAGACCAGCUUUUCAUCUAUUUAAGCCUGGCAUGCUGGGCCUGACGAGUCACACUACAUGCACUGCCUUUGGGAGUUCACUUGCUCCUUGCCCUCAUUUGGAACCUUGUCAGUGUGAGGUUUUCAACAACCUCACCCUGCCAGCCACCUCUGAAUCCCCACCAGUUGCUCCCUGGAUGGGUUUAAGAUGAUUUUGCCCCUUCCCAGUCCUCUUCACCUGUCUUGGCAUCAGUUGUUUUCUAUGAAAACAGUGAAUUGGUUGGGUUUGUGCAGGGUCUUGGGUUAGAACCACAAUGGAUUUGGGAUGAGUAUUUUUUUCUUUUGGUUUUGUAUAUUUUGUACAUUAAUAAUAAACAGUAAAGAGAAACAGCUUAUUUAA